CAGUGAUGAGUAUUUUCAAACCACAGAGACUGAACCACUCUGCACCUACCUGGGCUGCUUCUGCGUUCUCACUCAGGUGGAGCUCAAACUUCCACCCCUGCCAGCAGGGCCAUGUCUACCAGUCUGACCACUUGUGAGUGGAAGAAAGUCUUCUAUGAGAAGAUGGAGGUGGCAAAGCCAGCUGACAGCUGGGAACUUAUCAUAGACCCCAACCUCAAGCCCAGUGAGCUGGCCCCUGGCUGGAAGCAGUACCUGGAGCAGCAUGCCUCAGGCAGGUUCCACUGUUCCUGGUGCUGGCACACCUGGCAGUCAUCUCAUGUGGUCAUCCUCUUCCACAUGCACCUGGACCGUGCACAGCGAAUGGGUUCGGUGCGCAUGCGCGUCUUCAAGCAGCUGUGCUACCAAUGUGGAACCGCAAGGCUGGAUGAGUCCAGCAUGCUGGAGGAGAACAUCGAGGGCCUGGUGGACAAUCUUAUCACCAGCCUGCGUGAGAAAUGCUACGACGAGGACGCUGGCCAGUACCGCAUCCACGUGGCCAGCCGCCCGGAUAGUGGGCCGCACCGCAGCGAGUUCUGCGAGGCCUGCCAGGAGGGCAUUGUGCACUGGAAGCCCAGCCAGAAGCUGCUGGAGGAGGAGGCGACCUACACCUUCUGUGAUGCCUCCAAGACAAAGGCCCAGGAGAGCUCAGGCUACAACUUCUUCUCUCUCCGCUGGUGCCUCUUCUGGGCCUCUCUCUGUCUAUUCAUUGUCUACCUGCAUUUCUCCUUCCGUAGCUCUGCCUUUCUUUAGUGGAGCUGGUGGGGGUGGGAGGAUGGCACCUGUGGGUGAGAGGGAGGAAGACCCGGCUCUGGUCCUGAUUUUGCCACAGGUUCAAUACAUGAUGCUGGACAACUCAGUUACCUCUCCGGACCUCAGUUUAUUACUCUGCAGAGUGAGGGGUUUGCUCUACUCUAGGAGAUGCUUAAUGGUCCUUUCAUUAAAAUCUAGUGAUGAGCCCUGACUGGAGUGGCUCAGUGGGUUUGGUGUCGU